AUGAAUACUGCACGCAUCUUGCGUUUGCAGCCAUUGCGGCAGGCUGCCACGGCCUUCAAGCAGCCUGUGCGCCAGCCCCUCCUCCGACUGCAGGCCCGACCAUUCCACCAGACGAGGACGGUGCUGAGAUCGAAGGAGGAGGAUCACAGCGCACACACUAUUACCCAGCGACUCAGGAAUCUGAAGAGAAUCCCACCUGAGCUUCUACCUCUCGGUGUUGUUAUCGCUUUCGCGGUUUUUGCAGCAGCCUUCGCCUUGGCCCGCAAGCUGUUCACCGACAAAACCCUGCGGCUGACCCCUCAGCGUGGUGGCAACCACUAA